AUGGCUUUGUUGGAUUACAUCGACUUAAAUUUAAAAAUCGUCGAUCAAUACACGAGUAGAAGGUUCAAGAGUUUAGAGAAGCUGCUUGGUUGCUGGUCUAGCUCGAGCCAUAGCUACGAGCCAUGUCUUUGCCUGUCUCGGCCCGGACCAGCCAAAGUGGCUUCCCCAUUUGAGUCACGGGUGGGUGUGGUUCCAAGUAGUUCGGUUCCAAAGAGAUUCGGAACCAACUGGAGAGCAAAUAAUUUUGUUAUGAUAGAACCCAUUGAUUCUAUUGGUAAUUUCAACUUAGUUUUGUUGCCGAAACUAAGUCAAAAACAGAACAUAGCUACAACUGAAUCAAUGUCUGUCCCUGCUAGUUUCUCUUCUUCACCAAUUCUCUCACUCACAGAAGCAGCCACUUCCAUUUCGCAACUCCACCAAGCUCACGCCUACAUGCUCAAAACUGGCCUUUUUCAACAAACAUUCGCCGUGAGUCGCCUUGUGACGGCGGCCACCACCAUCUCUCAUCAUGGCCUUUCCUACGCUGAAUCCAUUUUCGCCCACGUUCACCGGCCCAACUCUUAUAUUUAUAAUACCAUGAUACAUGCAUAUGCAACUAGUGAGACACCAAUUUUAGCCUUUAUCAUCUUUCUUAAAUUGUUAUGUGAAGAUAGCGAAGUUUAUGCAGAUAAAUAUACUUUCACGUUUAUUCUUAAAGCUUGUGCUAGAGUUCGUAGAGGUAAAGAAGGGAAACAAAUUCAUGGGAUUGUCUUGAAGGAUGGACUUGGAGAUGAUGUGUAUAUAAACAAUACGUUGAUUCACAUGUAUGCGAAAUGUGGAUGCUUCGAAGUGGCACGUAAUUUGCUUGAUAGGAUGUUUAAAGAUGAUGUUGUUUCGUGGAAUGCUUUGUUGAGUGUAUACGCAGAGAUGGGAUUGGUAGAGUUGGCACGUAAAUUGUUCGAUGAAAUGCCGGUGAGAAAUGUGGAGUCUUGGAAUUUCAUGGUUUCCGGGUAUGUAAAUUGUGGGUUGAUUGAAGAGGCAAGGGAUGUUUUUGAUGUGAUGUUGGUGAAAGACAUCGUUUCUUGGAAUGCUAUGAUCAGUGCAUAUGCCAAGGCUGGUGCUUUUGGUGAAGUUUUGGUGCUUUUUGAGGGUAUGCAGAGUGUGAAGGAGUGCCCUGAUAGUUGUACACUCGUAAACGUGCUAUCUUCUUGUGCCGGCCUUGGAGCUUUAAGCCAAGGCAAGUGGGUUCAUGCUUACAUUGACAGGAACAGAAUCGAAGUGGAAGGUUUUCUAGCUACAGCUCUUGUGGAUAUGUAUUCAAAAUGUGGGUGCAUCGAGAAAGCUUUGGAAGUAUUCAAUAAUACAUUGAUGAGGGAUAUUAGUACAUGGAAUUCAAUGAUCGCAGGUUUGAGCAUCCAUGGUUCGGGACAUCACGCGUUGAAAAUGCUCAAUCAGUUGGUUUCUGAUGGUUUUACGCCUAAUGAGGUCACUUUUAUAAGCAUAUUGUCAGCUUGCAGUCGUGCAGGUUUAGUGUCAGAGGGUCUUACGAUGUUCGAUCAUAUGGUUCAUGUUUAUGGAAUUCAACCUACUACUGAACAUUAUGGAUGUCUAGUUGAUUUGCUUGGUCGACGUGGUCUGUUAAACGAGGCUAAAGAACUUCUGAACAAAUCGACAGUGAAACAAAAUCCAAUUGUUUGGCAGGCUCUCUUGGCUGCUUGUAGAAAUCAUGGUGAUGUAGAAUUGGCUGAAUACGUUGCUCGAAAACUUUUAGAGCUUGAUCCUAAAGACAGUGCUGGUUAUGUUCAGUUGUCUAAUGUUCACGCAUCUUUGGGGAGAUGGAACGAUGUUACGGAUGUGAGGAUGAGGAUGAGGGAAAGAGGAUUAAAUAAAGAGCCUGGUUGCAGCACGAUAGAAAUUGAUGGAAAUGUUCACGAGUUCUUAGCUGGGGAAGGAGUAAUUGUUGAACCUCCUCGACUAAAAGCUUAGUUUUUUACAUGUCCACCUCAAAUACAUGCUGAAUUCUGACACGAGGUUUAUAAUCAUCGAUAGCAUUACCAUUGCAAUUUGUCAACUGAUAAUCUUUCUUGAAGUACUAGAAUUAUAUGUAUAAUCUAAUAACACGAUCAAUACUUUUUGUCUUUCUCCAUAAUUUUCCUCUCUAUUUUUCUUUUUCUGAAAUUACGAUUCAGGACAUGGACCAUACGAUUAGAAUGAUGUGCCCAGAAAGACAGACCGAUUCACACCACAGCUUGUGCUAGAUUAUUCGACAGCAAACAACUCAGUUAGAUUUACAGCCCUAUUCUCGUCUCAACUGUUAUAUAUGAAUUAUAAUUCUUGUAUUUUGUGGCUAUAGGAGUAGUACAAUUUCAUUAUAAAGUUA